GAGAGAGCAUCAGUCAGACCGAAGCUUCACAGCAGAAUAUUCAACAGUUUUCUCUUUUUGCAGACGUCUCCCUGGGAUUUAAUCGUCUUCUUUCUCUUCUUCUUUUCAACAUGACGGAGCCUCCGAACAGUCCCAGUCUGCAGCUGUGUGACAGGAAAGCGACAGAGUCUGCAGACAGCGGCAUCGGCGACGUGGACGACCUUCCGGUUCCUCAGCAGAUCCGGAUCAGCAACAUUACCUGCGAUUCAUUUAAGAUCAGCUGGGAUGUCCCGGACAGCAGAGGCCGCGAGAGGAUCACGCACUACUUCAUCGACCUCAACAAGAAGGAGAACGAGAAGGAGAACAAGUUUAAACACAAGGAAAUCCCGACGAAGCUGGUGGCGAAGGCGGUUCCCCUGCCGAUGACGGUGAGAGGUCAUUGGUUCCUGAGUCCUCGCACAGAGUACACCGUGUCCGUCCAGACAGCCGCCAAACAGCCGGACGGAGAAUACGCCGUGUCUCCGUGGAGCGAGAUCAUCGAGUUCUGCACCGCAGAUUACUCAGCCGUCCAUCUGAACCAGCUGCUACAGAAAGCCGAGGCGAUCGCCGGCAGGAUGCUGCCGUUCACCGUCUUCUACAGAAACCAACAGAAGGAGUACUUCCAACAGGCCAGCCCCUCUUAUCGCUCCAGAGACGCUCAGUGCUGCCGCAUGCUGCCGUCGGUGAAAGACAACAGCGGCAGCCACGGUUCACCCAUCAGCGGGAAACUGCAGGGCGUCUUCUUUAGCUGCAACACAGAGUUCAACACAGGAAAACCCCCCCAGGACUCCCCGUAUGGACCCUACCGCUUCCAGAUCCAAGCCGACGUCCUCUUCAACCAGAACACCAAUGUGUACUUUGGGGAUUUCUACUGCAUGUACACGUCGUACCACUACGUGAUCCUGGUGCUGGCGCCAGUCGGCUCGGACGGAGAUGCCUUCUGCAGCGGCCGGCUGCCGGCGCUGGACAGAUCCAACAACUGCUUCCUGCGCUGCAGCGAGGAGAGCAAUGGCUCGCUGUCUUUCUGCCACGCGCAGGACGUCAUCCUGGAGGUGAUCUACACGGAGCCGGUGGAUCUGUCUCUGGGGACGGUCGAAAAGAUCAGCGGGCAGCAACUCCUGAGUCAGUCUACCGUCAACGCCAAGAAAGACCCCAGCUGCAAGAUCUGCAACAUCAGCGUAGGACGGUAGCCGCUUGUUUUGGUGCUUUUUCUCAAUCUUUUUGACGCUUUUUCAAACCUUUUUAACAGCUUGUUAACA